ACACCUGGGCGCAGCGCGGGGUUUGCAUCAUGCAGAAUUGGACGUUCGUCUCAGCCUUCGCCGUGCUGUGCGGGGCCCGCACCGACCUCCCCGACAGGCACGUGUGCUGCGUCUUCUGGCUGAACAUCGCGGCCGCCCUCAUCCAGAUCCUCACGGCCAUCGUCAUGGUGGGCUGGAUUAUGAGCAUCUUCUGGGGCAUGGACAUGGUCAUCCUGGCCAUUUCCCAAGGCUACAAGGAGCAGGGCAUCCCACAGCAGCUGUGAGCCCGGAACCCCGAGAGUCCCGGGGGGGCCCCGUGAGGGCGCCCGGCAGCACCCGGACCUCCCAGGCUGUCUCUGCUGUUUCCUGGUUUGGAGGAAAGGGAGGAUUUAAAGCGAUUAUUUAUUUUGGAAA